AUGUCUUUCUCUAGCCAAUGGAGAAAGAUCGACAUCAUUGGGGUUUUCCUCUUUACCGCCAGCACAGCAUCCUUUCUAAUCCCAUUAUCCUGGGGAGGUAUUCUAUACCCAUGGGAUUCAUGGCAUACAUUGACCCCUUUGAUAACUGGAACCGUUGGUUUAUGCGCAUUUGGAGUGUACGAGUACCGCAUUGCUACGCACCCAAUCAUUCCACCAGCGAUCUUUAACAACCGAACUGCUUUGAUCUCAUUCGCUGGAUAUAUGGCUAUUGGAUUGAUAAUAUGGUGUUGCCUUUACUUUCUCCCGCUCUACUACGAGGCCGUGAAGGGGUUUGGUCCUAUCAUGUCUGGAGUUGCUCUGUUCCCCGAAACUUUCACAGUCGCCCCAGCUGCAGUCGUUAUGGGACUUCUCAUCAGCCAUACAGGCCAGUACUACUGGAUUAUAUGCUUUGGAUGGUUUCUGUCCACUAUUAGCACGGGUCUCUUGUGUUUGCUGGGAGCUCAUACUAAGACAAUUGUGUGGAUAUUCUUGAACCUGGUACCCGGACUUAGCCUCGGAAUGAUCCUUCCUGCAGUCGCACUCGCGGUCCAGGCCUCAGCAACAUCGGAAAAUCUCGCAAUUUCGGUGGCCAUGUCAACUUUCUUCCGAGGCUUUGGACAGUCAAUUGGAGUGGCGAUUGGUGCAGUGAUCUUCCAAAACCAAAUGAAGAGCAACCUCCUCGCAUAUCCCCCCUUAGACACUUUGGCCGAAAAGUACAGUCGUGAUGCAGCUAGUGUAGUACAGAUAAUCCAGCGAAUGGAGGAUGGGCAAGUGAGAAGAGAUCUUCAGCAAGCAUAUGCCGACAGUCUCAAAAUAGUGUGGUCGUUUUAUUGCGGUGUCUCAGGGCUGAUAUUUUUGAUGAGCAUCUUCACCGAAUCAUACGACUUGAAUCGGGUGUUGAUGACCAAACGAGACUUUGGUGAAGAGAAUGCGCUGAGAGAAGAGAGGAUCAUUGCGGAAAAUUUCUAG